CGAAAAUCGCCAAUAAUAUUGAGCUUAUGUUCUUUUUAGGUGGUUUGAUGUUCGCGCGACAGCACAUCCCAUUCAGGUGGUAAACGUCGGUCAGGGCAAUCUGGAGGUGAGUGGUUCGGCUUUCUGCGUGUCGAGAAAAUGUCUCGGUGAAAUGGCAACUGCUUUCGACUUCUGCUCUUUUACGGCUUCAUCCGGUCACUCGUUCACAUGCGUCUUGUUCGUAUUUGAAUGCGGCGAUGUCUGCUACUUGUCCAUCGGCCGUAACAACGACACUAUGAUGUUAUCGUUUCCGGUGAUGGUGUCAGUGUAUCCGCCCAGAGAGGAUAAUUACGGAUGGGGGUACGUUGACCUUCUUUGCCUGAAAAACGACCAUCCUGUUGUUGUGGCAUUGGUGAGACAAGAUGGCGAAUGGGCUACAGAGUGCUCCAACCAUUGUCGUAUUGCUUUCCUGUUCUCUUUGAUUAUCCUGGAAAAGCUGUGGCAGGCAGUUGAUGAGAAACGUCGUUCAAAUCACGUAAGCUUAGAGAUGGAGUACUCCUGCCCCGGCCAAAUUUUCCAAAGGGCCUUGCUGCACCUCAGAGUGAAAAAGUCCUGUGAUGUGGAUCAGAUUCCCCCGGAGAGUUCUGACGAAUGCCAAGGCGUCGAACUUGCCGUUUCGCUGUUCGUGCGGGAAUAUGUUCCUUUAAAAUCAGCACUGGUUCCUUCUGACUCUGACUUCGUGAUUCACUCGAUUUUCGAAGGUACUGGUUUGUCCUGCUGGCGUAUUGAUUCGUUUUCGCAGUCAGUCACCGGAUUUCUUCCAGAUCCUGUUGACAACCAUAGGAACGUUUCAACUUUGCUUCUCGGCAUUGCAGUGCUUUAUCAACGCCCACUGAAAGCUGUUCUGAUGCUCGUUGAUCGAGAGUUUGUCGUUCGCGGAUAUUCGGUGAAGUGA